AUGGCAGAUGCACUGACCGAAGAACAGGUUGCUGAGUUCCGAGAGGCUUUUUGCUUGAUCGACAAGGACGCAGAUGGUUUCAUCACAAUGGAAGAGCUGGCAACCAUUGUCCAAUCAUUGGACAGACGUCCUACAAAGGAAGAAAUUCAAGACAUGAUAUGUGAAGUUGAUCUUGAUGGAAAUGGGACAGUGGAUUUUGAAGAAUUCUUGCAUGUCAUGGGGAGAAAGCAGAAGGAAAAUGUUACUGAGGAACUAAAAGAAGCUUUCAAAGUUUUUGAUAGGAACCAAGACGGAUAUAUUUCAGCCAUAGAGCUAAGACAAGUGAUGAUACAUUUGGGAGAGAGACUGACAGAGGAAGAGGCUGGACAGAUGAUAAGAGAGGCUGAUUUGGACGGUGAUGGUCUAGUUAGUUAUGAGGAAUUUGCAAGGAUGAUGAUGGUGGCUUUCUAA